AUGGCUUCUUCAGUAGAACCUCACCGUGAAGUAUCUGGUGGAAGUGAAAAUGAAACCUAUUUGUUUGCCUCUCAGCUUGUGAUGGGAUCAGUACUAUCUAUGGCCUUGAAAACAGCAUGCGAGCUUGGGAUUAUGGAGAUAAUUGCUAAAGCAGGUCCGGGGACCAAACUCUCCGCCGCUGACAUUGCAGCACAAAUGCCCACCAAGAACCAGGCUGCGCCAAUCAUGGUGGAUCGGAUUGCCAGGCUUUUGGCUAGCCACAAUGUGCUGACCUGCUCGGUGGUUGGUCUCGAAAGGCACUACGGUUUAUCACCGGUGUCUCACUACUUCGUGCGCAACGAAGAUGCCGGGUCGUUUGUCCCUAUCAUUGCUCUGGUUCAAGAUAAAAUAUUCUUGGAUAGUUGGUAUCAUCUUAAAGAUGCGAUUUUAGAAGGUGGAACAGCAUUCAACAGGGCGCAUGAUGGAGCACAUGCCUUCGAGUACAUCGCAUCGGAUGCUAGGUUCAAUCAAGUUUUCAACACGGCAAUGCUCAAUUCAAGUUCAAUAGACAGCAAAGAGUUGCUGUCGUCUUACAAGGGGUUCGACGGCAUCAAGCAGCUGGUCGACGUCGGCGGCAACCUUGGUAUGAUGCUCCACCAUAUCACUUCCAAAUACCCAAAUAUCAAAGGCAUCAAUUUCGACUUGCCUCAUGUUAUACAGCGUGCCCCGACCUAUCCUGGUGUUGAACAUGUUGGUGGAGACAUGUUUGAAAGUGUUCCUGAAGGAGAUGCUAUUUUCAUGAAGGGGAUUCUACAUAAUUGGGGCGACGACAAGUGUGUGAAAUUAUUGAAGAAUUGCUACAAAGCGAUUCCAGAAAAUGGGAAAGUGAUUGUGGCAGAACCAGUAGUUCCUGCUAUGCCCGAGUCUACCCCUUUCUUAAAGGUCGCAUUCCUCCACGAUGUGCUGAUGAUGGCUCAAUUCGCAGGUGGAGAAGAACGAUCAAAAGAAAAACUUGUGGCGUUGGCCACCGAAGCCGGAUUCAAGAGCGUCAAAUUUGAUUGCUGUGUUGUAAAUGUAUGGAUUAUGGAGUUCUACAAAUGAUAGCACUCCCCUUUUAAUCUUCGACUCUAAAACUGAUCCAUGCAGUAGCUCUCGGAAAAGGCUGAACGCGUCUGAAGUAAGCACAUCAUUUUAACAAAGAUGAUGU